CUACAAAGGAGUAAUGGGUGAAUUUAAAUCUUGAUGCGAAACCAGCUUUCUAUUCAGUUUGCGCUGGAUAUUUGUGUGUGAUAUUUAACCGCGAGGUGUUUCCGAUUCAUAAACAAAAUGUCGAAAUCCUGGUUUCUGGUGAUCUGCUUGUUCGCGGUAUUUGUGACGAUUGCUGCAAUCUCAAGUGAUGUGGGAUGUCCUCCAUCAAGUUCAAUGCUUUCGUGCAGUCCUAAGUGCAAAGAAGAUAGUGAAUGUCAAGGAAGAAAAUGCUGUCCGAAUAUCUGCAACAUGAAGUCAUGUGUACCUGCAAAUCACAAAAGUAACAGCAACGAUGGGUACAAAGGAUCAAGUCAAAAAACGGCAACAGGGACUUACUGCGGCAAUGUGAAGUGUGGCCCAUACGAGAAAUGCGAACUAGAUAGAACCACCAAGAGACAGAAGUGUGUCAGAUCUUAAACAAUGUCAUAUAAUACUGGAAGAUGCCUAAAUAUAUAUUAUGUAUACUCUAGCUAUAUGUAACUUAAAGAUUCAACAUACAAUGUGUCUGGUCACGGCAUACCGAUAUUAAAGAGGGGUAUUUUUCAGAUGCUGAAAGCAAAGAAGAAAUGUGUAAAACUGCAAAGUGUAAAAAUAACCUCGCUGCCAGGUUCCUCUGCUCAUCGGAUAAAGCCUAUCGGAAGAGGUGUGCCUAAUAAUCAACAUUGAAAAGUUUUUCGUCCAUGGUCUACUAAAACGCAUCACCAUCUAUCGCUAAAAUGCACAAUUUCUGCGCUUAAUUGCAUGUUCAUUUUAUCAUUUCAAUAAAAGCAUGUAACAAA